CUCACUCACCCACGAGUCACCUACAUUUCUGUUACAUUGACACGACAAAUAAACGCACUUGAUUCCUUUCGUCUCUAUUUACUCUUUCCUCCGUUACUACCACCACACCCACACACCGACACUCAUUCAGAGAAAUCAAGAGAUGAGCGAACCACCACCACCACCAAUGACGACGGAAAACAACCUCAUCGCCGCCGCGGCACCACCAGCACCUCCUCAAGCUCUGCUUGAACGGCUCAAGGAUUAUGGCCAAGAAGACACUUUCGCAUUUUGGAACGAGCUUUCAACUCAUGAACGUCACCUCCUUAUCAAAGACAUCGAGAGUUUGGAUCUUCCUAGGAUCGAUCGGAUCAUCCGGUGCUCAUUGCGGUCUCAAGGAUUGCCAGUGGCUGCGAUUGAACCGGUGGCGGAGAAUAUCGUGUCGACGGUGGAGAAGAGAACAAUUGAGGAGAGAGAAAGGUGGUGGAAGAUGGGAUUGAAGGCCAUCCAUGGCGGCAAGUUGGCUGUCCUCCUUUUGUCCGGUGGCCAGGGAACUCGGCUUGGAAGCUCAGAUCCUAAGGGUUGCUUUAAUAUUGGACUUCCUUCUGGAAAGUCACUUUUCCAACUUCAGGCUGAGCGAAUCAUGUGUAUUCAAAAAUUAGCAGCUCAAUUUAUGAGUGAAGGCUCUGCAGGUGUCAUACCUAUCCAUUGGUACAUAAUGACUAGCCCCUUCACAGACGAAGCCACACGCAAAUUCUUUGAAAGUCAUAAAUAUUUUGGCCUCGAAGCUGAUCAAGUGACCUUCUUCCAGCAGGGCACAAUACCAUGUAUUUCAACAGAUGGUAGAUUCAUCAUGGAGACUCCAUAUAAGGUGGCUAAGGCUCCUGAUGGGAAUGGAGGAGUUUAUAUAGCCCUGAAGUCCUCAAGACUUUUAGAAGAUAUGGCUACACGGGGAAUCAAAUAUAUUGAUUGCUAUGGUGUGGACAAUGCCCUUGUUAGGGUUGCUGAUCCCACUUUCUUGGGUUAUUUCAUUGAUAAAGGUGUUGCAGCUGCUGCAAAAGUUGUAAAGAAGGCCUAUCCACAAGAGAAAGUUGGUGUCUUUGUACAACGAGGAAAGGGUGGCCCACUUGAUGUGGUUGAAUACAGUGAGCUAGAUCCUUCACUGGCUAGUGCAAUUAAUCAGGAAGCUGGACGUCUACGCUUUUGCUGGAGUAAUGUUUGCUUGCAUAUGUUCACCUUGGAUUUUUUGAAUUCUGUGGCCAAUGGACUAGAGAAUGAUAGCAUCUAUCAUUUGGCAGAGAAGAAAAUACCAUCAGCUAAUGGAUAUACUAUGGGACUGAAACUGGAACAGUUCAUAUUUGAUGCUUUCACAUACUCUCCUGCUACUGCACUCUUUGAGGUUUUACGAGAAGAAGAAUUUGCCCCAGUUAAAAACGCAAAUGGGGCAAAUUUUGACACACCUGAUAGUGCCAGACUGCUUGUUCUCCGGCUUCAUGCUCGGUGGGUGAUUGCUGCUGGUGGCUUCCUAACCCAUUCUGUACCUAUAUAUUCUACUGGUGUUGAAGUUUCUCCACUAUGCUCUUAUAUGGGGGAAAAUCUUGAAGCUAUUUGUCGUGGAAGAACUUUCCAUGCACCUUGUGAGAUCACAUUUUGAAAUUUGAUUUGUAAAUCAAGCAUGUCAUUAUUUGUAAUAUGAUUAGAGGAGUUGUAAUUAUAUAUACUCGGCUUUAUAUGUAUGUUUGAAUCACUUCCAAAAGUUUGUGUUCAGCAGCAUUAUCGGCUCAACACAUUAAGGGCUAGGCACACGGAAUGGACCAUGGUUUGAAUGUUAAUGAUGUUGUAUCCUAUUGUAUAAAACAACGAUCCAUUUACAAAAAACAAGGCAAAAGUUUGUACACUUGAAUUUUGAAUAAAACUCAUUUACCAUUUCUUUAAA